UCAAAACAACUACCUUGUUGUCGUUGAAUUGUUGACUUAAAGUUGAAAGGUUAACAAAAGAACAAUAAUUAAGAAGCUUCUUAAGUUGAAUCACGCAUAGAUAAGACUAUUAAUGAAGACAGCACAUCAGAGAUUAGUCAUGGUUGGCGAUCGUGAUGGACUGAAAGAGUUGUUGAGGCGCAGACUAGUCGAGUGUGGAUGGCGAGAUCAAGUAAAGCUGAUCUCAAAAGAAAUAAUAAAAGAGCAUGGCCAUGAUAUCUCUUAUGACACGUUGUUGUCCACAGUGACAAGUAGAGCUCGCACACUUGUGCCAGACUCCGUGAAGAAGGAACUAUUACAAAAGAUAAAGAAUCAACUAUUAGCUCAAGAGGAGAAGCUGAAAAUUGUGACAGAUCGUUAGGAAUUUUAUCAUUAUUAAUCAACAAUUUCCCAAUGACAAUUAUGUUGAACUUGUAAAAAUUAUGACAAAUAUGAAAAAUUUUUUUCUGUAAAUUAUGUUGUUCUAACAACUUAUUG